AUUGGGGCGCCGAGGAGACAGAGCCCGGCGCUUGAUCUGGGCUGGGGGGAGGCGGUGGCGGCUGAGGGAAGGAGGAGGAUAAGGAGGAGGAACGAGGCCAGCAGGAGGCAACGGCAGCGACGGGGCCGGGGUGAUGGUGCAGGUGCCUGGGGUCGGUGCGGAGCUGCCGGGCUGAGGGACGCCUGGUCCAGGGUCCGCAGCGCCGCCGCGUCGCUCCCGAGCGGGCGGGCGGGAAGAUGCUGAGCAGGUUGAUGAGCGGCAGCAGCAGGAGCCUGGAGCGCGAGUACAGCUGCACCGUGCGGCUGCUGGACGACAGCGAGUACACCUGCACCAUCCAGAGAGAUGCCAAAGGCCAGUACCUGUUUGACCUUCUUUGCCACCAUCUGAACCUACUUGAGAAAGACUAUUUUGGUAUCCGCUUUGUAGACCCAGAUAAGCAGCGGCAUUGGCUGGAAUUUACAAAGUCUGUGGUGAAACAAUUGAGAUCCCAGCCUCCAUUCACCAUGUGCUUCCGUGUGAAGUUUUAUCCUGCAGACCCUGCUGCUCUGAAAGAAGAAAUAACCAGGUAUUUAGUCUUCCUGCAGAUCAAAAGGGAUCUCUACCAUGGCCGACUCCUCUGUAAAACAUCGGAUGCUGCCUUGUUAGCAGCUUACAUCCUUCAAGCGGAGAUUGGGGAUUAUGACUCAGGGAAACACCCUGAAGGCUACAGCUCCAAGUUCCAGUUUUUCCCUAAACAUUCAGAGAAGCUGGAAAGGAAAAUUGCCGAGAUUCACAAGACAGAACUGAGUGGUCAAACACCAGCAACAUCAGAGCUGAACUUCUUAAGAAAAGCACAGACAUUGGAAACAUAUGGAGUGGAUCCUCACCCAUGUAAGGACGUGUCAGGAAAUGCUGCAUUUCUGGCCUUCACUCCUUUUGGGUUUGUUGUUCUUCAAGGAAACAAGAGGGUCCACUUCAUUAAAUGUAUCCUGUUUGCCUCUUUUACUGCAGCCAUUCACUGGGCUGGUGGCUUCAAGGAUUUUUCUACAAUAACCCCUAAGCCCCUUUCCUGGAAUGAGGUGACCAAGCUGAAAUUUGAAGGAAAGACUUUCUAUUUAUACGUAAGUCAGAAAGAGGAAAAGAAAAUUAUUCUUACAUAUUUUGCUCCAACUCCUGAAGCGUGUAAGCACCUCUGGAAAUGUGGAAUCGAGAACCAAGCCUUCUACAAGCUGGAGAAGUCAAGCCAAGUCCGCACAGUGUCCAGCAGCAAUUUAUUCUUUAAAGGGAGCCGGUUCCGAUACAGUGGCCGAGUUGCAAAGGAAGUCAUGGAAUCAAGUGCUAAGAUCAAACGGGAGCCACCGGAAAUACACAGAGCAGGGAUGGUUCCCAGCCGGAGCUGUCCCUCCAUAACCCAUGGCCCAAGGCUGAGCAGCGUCCCCAGGACCCGCAGAAGAGCUGUUCACAUCUCCAUCAUGGAAGGCCUAGAGUCCUUACGGGACAGUGCCCAUUCCACACCAGUGCGUUCCACUUCCCAUGGGGACACCUUCCUGCCUCACGUGAGAAGCAGCCGGACAGAUAGCAAUGAGCGAGUAGCUGUGAUUGCAGACGAGGCCUACAGCCCUGCAGACAGCGUGCUGCCCACCCCUGUGGCUGAGCACAGCCUGGAGCUGAUGUUGCUUUCCCGGCAGAUCAAUGGAGCCACCUGCAGCAUUGAGGAGGAGAAGGAAUCUGAAGCCAGCACCCCAACUGCUACAGAGGUGGAGGCCCUUGGGGGAGAGCUGAGGGCCCUGUGUCAGGGGCACAGCGGGCCCGAGGAGGAACAGAGUGGGCAUCUGAAGGGACCACCGCUACAGCAACAGCAGCAGCAGGGGUGGGAAAAUAGAGCCUGAUGAACUAAACGAUGCAAGAAAGAAACUGAUCCUGAGAAUGAAAAGCUUCAGAAAAUAGAAUUCCAAGAUCAACAGCCUUAGAAGGGACCAGGAAAAGAAUCUUUUAAAAUAGAUUUCUAAGAGAUGCCUACAAAACACAGAAUGUGACCGUGGCAGAGACCAACACUUAGAUGUAGAAAUGCUGCCCCCUAGGGUCAUCCUCUGCAUAAGUUCUAGGAAAGCAUCACCAUCCUUGCAGAGGGAAGUCCUCGAAGCACGCAGCACAGGCAUAUGAAGGGCAAGUGUGGGAUCCUAGGCCCAAGCUCUUCAACUCUAAAACCAAUCACACACAAGAUCCUGUUUUCAUCUCAGGGAGAGAUUUCUAAGUCAUCUGGGGCUUGAGGGCUUAUUUAAGGGUGGUCAAUGGACAUAUUCCUGGACCCACACAAAAGUAGAGCAGCUGCUGAUACCCUAAUUGGACAGCCCCAAACGCAGAACAGAACAAGUCACUUGUAGACUUGACCUCCCCUAUUUUGUCCCCUGAGAUGGUAGAACCAUGUCCAUGUUUACAAUAUGACAACUGUGGAAUAAUUGGGGUUCUUAGGGAGAGAUUUGUAUAAUUUUAAAGACAUCCUUUCAUCUGGACCAGAGGUCAAUCAACUUAUGUCAAGUGCUACACAGUAAAUAUUUUGGUUUAGCACGCCAUACUCUGUCACAACUGCUCAAUUCUGCCAUCACAGCACAAAAACAGCCAUAGAUAAUUUGUAAAUGAAGGAACAUGGCUGUGUUCCAAUAAAACUUUAUGAAAACAGUGAGCUGAAUUUGGCCUACAGGCCAUAAUACGCCAAUCCUGCUCUAGACAAUAAAACUGAUCCUUACCAGUAUGUUAGCAGAAGAGGGUCAGUCAGCUCUGUUUCCAUGCCUGACAUGUAUCAAAGAUCUGGGACCUCUUCCCAGGGGAGGCACCAGCGUUGCUUGUUUAAAGGGUGCUUGAACAACUAACCAGCAAAGAGAUGUCUGAUGCCAAAUGGGCAAGAUCAAAUACUGGAAUGCUAAAACACAGCUGGAAUCUAAGAAGGGAAGAGGGCUUCUCUGACCAUUUUCAUACCAGCAACAAUUUAGGCGGAAUUAUAAACAUCUAUUUAUCGAGUGACAAUACAAACCGAAGGAGAUCCUAGUAGAGAUUAGGGGUCAGUUAAAAUCAACUAGCCACUGCCACUUGUCAUCUACAUAGCAAAGGCUUUAUUUAGCACAGGACUAACGUGAAAAGUAGACCCAGAGAUGAAAAGGCUGUCAGGAGACAGGGGGCUGGUGUCCACCUGGUAUCUACUGUCUUAUGCAACAUAGAAGAUUACCUUUUAGUGUAGUGCUCCUACCUCAGUUUGUAGAAUCUGGUGUUUCUAUGCAGUGAGUGAUAGCCUCAACUCUGACCUUUCAUAUUCACAUUAGAGACAGAUGCAGUAUUCCAUAUCCUAGUAUGUUCCUUGUGUCUAGAGUUCUAACAGUACAGUAGUCUAUGCCAUUUCUAACAGCUAAAUUUUGCUCUGUAAACAGAAACUUUAGGGUUGUUUUUUUCCAGGGCUCAUCCCAGAAAAUAUGGAUAGAAAAGUUUCCUUCAGUUUGCUUUUCAAAUAGUGCUUGAAUAAUAAACCUCCUUUGAUUGGUGACUAGUCUUUUUUGGUAUAUCUCCACCUUUAAAAAUUGUUCAAGUUUUUAACCUGGUUAUACUGUGUUCUAACAUGUCUCUCAUUUUCUCUCAAAAUUAUUUUAUCUCAUUGUAGAAAAAGCAAUGGUUUUCAUAGCUUCAUCUAUCAGGAAAUAAAACUCUUACUAAAGAAUAGCAUACUGCAUCUUUAAGCAGUAGAGGGUAAACUACCUGCAAAUGUGAAUUUCUUAGAUACAUUUAAAAAUAUAUAGUUGUUAACCUUCUGUGUGCCAAAAACUCUUAAGUUACAUUUUCCUUCAAAGCAAUGUACUUUUUUCUACAUAUGCAGUAUGUAGUUAGCAUAAAAUCAUUGGUGCCAUGAAGAUUAUUUUUAAACUUAAAUAAAUAUUUAAAUAUCA